AUGGCACUUCGUCCUUUCUCUGUUCCACUGCGAGUUCCCCUGCCAUCUCCUCCUGCGUCCUCCCUUCCUGACGUUCCUGACCCAGAGUCUGACUUAGCUCGUGCUGCUAGUCCUACUGUCCCACAUCUUCUAGCCACUGUUGUCACUGACCCUUCGUUGGAGUCCACUGCUGCGUCUGCUCUAGUUGCCGAGCUUGUUGACUUUGCUGCCGCCUGUCAUCUCGACUACGCCACUAGUCUUGAGGACUUUGAGUGUCUUGCAGCUGCUGUACCUCAUCUCGUGGCCAUACUGCUUGCACCUGAGGGAGACCCGGAUGCACCAGACAUCUCGACCCCGCGCUCUUACGCAGAGGUGAUUACGGGUCCCUACUCCUCUCAGUGGCAGACAGCCAUGGACGCAGAGAUGGCACCCUGGAAGUCCACAGGCACAUACGUCGACGCAGUUCCCCCUUCUGGGGCGAACAUAGUCGAUGGAAUGUGGAUUUUCAGGGUGAAGCGGCCGCCGGGUUCUCAGCCUGUCUUCAAGGCUCGUUACGUUGCACGAGGCUUCAGUCAGCGACAGGGAGUUGACUUCUUCCAGACCUUCUCCCCCACCCCGAAGAUGACCACUCUUCGGGUGUUGCUGCACGUCGCUGCUCAGCGUGACUACGAGCUGCACUCUCUUGACUUCAGCACAGCUUUCUUGCAGGGCAGCCUGCACGAGGAGAUCUGGCUGCGCCGCCCACCUGGCUUCACUGGGUCGUUUCCUGCAGGGGCCAUGGCUGCACAGGAGUUACGCUUGCUCACCUACCUCCUGACCGACUUGGGGGAGCGGCCUCGUUCUUCUCCAGUUCUGUACGUAGACAACAAGGCCAUGAGUGCCUUGUGUCAGGAGCACAGACUGGGGCACAGAACGAAGCACAUCGCUCUGCGUUACUUCCUUGCUCAAGAGUUGCAGCAGCGUGGUGAGCUUCGUCUUGCUUACGUGGCCACUCGGGCCAACACUGCUGAUAUAUUCACCAAGGCACUUCAGUCUGCGUAUGGGGCGAGGGGGGAUGGUGCUCGAGAUCUCCAGAUCGGCAGCAUCUGCACUCACUCAGCUACCCGUGCCCACAAGCAAGUAGUGGAUAACCUGGAGAAAUCGGAGGCGGAGAAAGCAAAGCAGGCCACUCUCACACGGUGGCAGAUCACGAAUUCUUCUACCCGACACAUCAUCCGUCUACUCCACAUAGCGCUCUUCGUCUGCACGGCGGAUGCUCCCAUCGCCAUGUUUGUCCCACUGUGCUGGUUUUUGGCGAAGGAAGGGUUACCAGACCUCCCUCCAUCCGGUGGAUACGGCUCAUACUACACUGAGGAGGCACUCACUGCCAGUGACGCCGCAAAUGCUGUCCCUGAGCUUCGCAUGAUCGACAACGUCGUGCGCGCCUUCGCUAAACACAUCGGCCGCAGCAGCGUGCACUACCAGAAGUUCCAAGAGCUGCAACGCAUCUUCUGCCAGACGAGUUUGGAGGCGCAGGGGAUCCACGAGGUCCGAUGGCUCUCCCGUGGUGAAGCGGUACAGCGCCUGCUCGAUGUUCUCCCUGCAGCUGUAGUGGUGUUGAAGGACUACAAGAAGGAGCUGUCCGAGGUGGUUACCUCGUUCAAGUUCCACUGGCUCAUCCGCUUUCUUGCGGAUGUGCUGUGGGAACUCAUUGCCCUCAACAAGCGCUUCCAGCAACGCCAGGUUGACGUCACCCUUGUUGCGCACAUCGUGGAGCAAACAAGGAUGCGUCUGAAGACCAGGUACUCCCUCCGUGACCCAGCCCACCACUUCGGCAGCGGGGAUAAAAUGCAGCUGCAAGAAUUCAUUAAGAGGCACCAGGCAAUGGAUAAGAGAGAGAUGAAGGCGGAGGGUGUAGACGGGGACGGGAAUCCCGUCUAUUUUGUCUACGAGCUGCACGAGCAUUGUCUGCCCGGACACGAAACUGAUGGCGACGUGACAGCGUGCGUGGAGCUGUCGAUCAAGUUUGUGCGUGCCGUGGACGUCAAGCUGGAGUGGCGGAUGCGCGACCUGAACCUGCUGGAAGGAAUGAAGCUGUUUCGGACAGCUUCGUACGUGUCUGACGACAGCAAGCGCGUGGAGACCUUCAAAAAGUGGCUGGGCCUUCUGCACAAGCUGCACAACCAUAAGCUGCCUGGUAAGCCAUAA